AAGCAAGUUGGUGAGCCCUUGCGGGGGCACACGAAUUCAGUUAACUCGGUCUCGUUCUCGCCGGACGGCACUCGCAUGGUCACUGGUUCCGACGAUAACACUAUUCGGCUGUGGGAUGCAGGGAUGAGGCAGUCAUCACAACAGUGCGCCGAGUCAGAUCAUCCAGCUCUCUCAGUCGAACAUCGCUCGAUCGAGGCCACCACUACCAUGAAAUCAUACACUUGGAACAAUCACUUCAUUCGCUUCUCAUCCACCUCUAUCCAUGCGCUAUGUGAUACCUAUGAACUCAUUGAGGGAGCAUCCCAUGACGACCACAGUUUGACCCCCUCGACCCCCUUUUUCCUGAACUAUGACAACGGAUGGGUGGUAGGGCCCAAACAACGGCUUUUAUUCUGGGUACCACUCGCUUCGCGACGCCUGUUUUAUAGCCCUAGAACUGCAAUGGUGAUACCCAGAGGAGGUCCUGAGCUUGAUUUGAGCUGCAUGGCACAUGGACAGCAUUGGCAAAAGUGCCGAGAAGGGUGAGUUCUCUAAGCCCUUUCCGUUCCUCAAACUCUGAACUCAACACUUGCAGGCCUUAGUGACGACGAUGAUAGAAUCAAUGAAUGCAUUAUGGAGAUUUCAGAUACUAUUUACAUGUGACUUCGACUGUACACUUAUCCUACCUGGUAUUAUAUAUAUUCUAUACUCAACGUCCAGUU